GAUGGUGGUGGGCCACUGAAUGAUCAAGAAAACGUGGUUCAAUCCUCAUCAACAUUUGCAUUCAUUACGGUUAAGGAUAUGCCAAAUCUCGACCCACAGUUUCUGAAUUUACCAAACCUUGCUGCUAUUGACGAGAAUUCAGCUGUGGAUACGUCAGUCUUUACUGUGAGAGCCAGAGAUCCAGACACCGGGGUCAAUGACCAGAUCCUCUACAGCAUUGAAAGUACUAAUGCACCAGACCUGUUCCAAAUCAAUGACGUGACUGGUCAAAUAUCUAUCAAAACUGUAUUUGACCGUGAAGAAUUACUGGAUAUAGAUGCUGUUGUAAUUUUGCAAAUAAAGGCAAGUGAAACAAAUCUUAAUGUGGAUGGAAUUAUUGCAAGCACAAUAGGAGAACUACAGAUUUCUAUUGGAGAUUUGAAUGACAAUGGCCCUGAAUUUUAUGAGUGUGAAGGUGAAACUGAAAGCUGCACACAGAAAAACAACUUCAUAGGCCAAGUUGAUGAGCAUUCAUCUGCAGGACUGUCAGUAAAUGAACUGAAUAUUAGAGUCAAAGAUCCAGACCAGGGGCAAAACAGCAGGUUCAAUCUCCGUCUUGAGGGACCUGAUAAGGAUGCGUUCGCUGUCAGUCCCAGCACUGGGCUGGGAGAAAGUUUUGUACAAGUGAUAAUAAAAGAUCCAUCUGCUGUUGAUUAUGAGAAGAAUACAGUGAUGUCUGUUCAG